AUGACUGGAUGCAAACUGAUUGGAACGCCGUUGGACGUCAAUCUUAAACUAAGGCAAGAGGCAGAGGAUAUCUUGAAGGACUCGACCAUGUACCGUGGGAGCCUAAACUAUCUCACUCUGACAAGGUCAGACAUUGCGUAUGCCGUGAGCGUGCUUAGUCAGUUCACGCAGGAACCAAAGAAGCCAGACUUUGAUGUCGCACGGCAGAUCCAAAAGAACACAGUCGGACUUGGGAUCCUUGGAAGGAAGGAUGUGGACUUCAGAUUCAACGGAUACACAGAUGCGGAUUGGGCUGGAAACUCAUAUUCACGAAGAUCCGCGACUGGCUACUGCUUCCGCCUAGAGAGCGGCUUUCUUUCUUUCUUGGAGUAG